AUGGGGAAGUUCAGUGACCUGCAGCUGGAUGGGGAGGGGCAAGUUCUUUGCCCAAGACCUUGCUGGGAAACAGAUGAGUAUAGCAUCAUAAGAGAGUGCACUGAAUGCUCUGAUCAUGAGAAGACAAUGCAUAUUGAAUGUACUUUAACUGGAUUUGUGGAAGAAAUAAAGUGUGUAUCUGACCAAAGAUACAGGAGCUGUCAUUCAGUUGAAAUGGAGGAACUGAAGUUUUGGAAGUUCGAAGGAGUUAUGUUUUUAGUGGGGAUAGUGUUUAGUAUCAUUGUUGUGUUCCGACAGAGAAUCCUAGACAGGCGAGCAGAAAAAAAGGUUCUCCAGCAGCUUGGGGUGAUUUAAUUUUACAACUAGAUUUCCUGGACAGCAGUGGGUUUUAGAAGAGAGACUCCAGGUUACAUACUGAAUUGUUUUCAAAUGGCAGUCAGUAUUGAUGAAUAUUAACAUUUUCCAUUUCACCCAGCACAUUGCAGGGAAUGAAAUAUAGUAUGCACCUUUGAUACCUGAAGUUAAAAUAGAUUUCAAGAUGACUGAGGCAAUGUUGAGAUGCAGAUAGAAUAUUCCGAGUGUUGUGAAGGAUAUAUUUUCACUGUGCAUAAUAUUUAUACAGAGAAGUACUGGGUAGUUUACACUAUACACUCAAACUUGUAUAUAUGUUGAAGAUGAAUUAAAUGGAGGGAAAUCGUCCUGUUCCUAAAAGAUUAUAUUUGAAGCAAUGUACCUUUUUAUGACAUUUUAUUGCUGUAUUUUCCACUUCUAUGAAUUGUAAUAAUUCUUACACUGGGUCUGCUACAUAGAUUUGAAUGUACACUUUUUACACUUUGCAAACAACAUAUUUGGCACUGAAUUUGCCAUUUCUAUUUUCAUUACAAAAAGGUAUAAAUAUUGUAUUAAAAUCCAAAUUUGAGUGCAUUUAAAAUGGUGUGUCUGCUAGUUUUUUGUACUAAAGCCUGUAAAGGGUAAGAUUGGAGUCUGUGAGAUUUGCAGAAGGAUUUGUAAGUUGCUCAUUCUGCAGGUAACCAGAUGUGUCUUGUUGUAUCUCUACUGAAACAUUGAUCUGAUGGGUUAGGUACAAUCUACCUGCAGGUUACAAUUAUGUAGAAAUAUUAAAAUUCCUUGCAUUUGAAAAA